AAAACGCCAGCGUUCACCGUCUCGCUCCCUCCUCCCACGCGGUAGCCUUGUCCCAGAGCUUGCUCGCGUUUCUCCUCCCUCCUCCGUGCCAUCAUGUGUGGGAUCCUAGCCGUCCUGGGAUGUGCUGACUGGUCGCAGGCCAAGAGGGCUCGCAUCCUCACCUGCUCCAGAAGGAUGAAGCACAGGGGUCCCGACUGGUCGGGGCUGUACCAGCACGAGGGCAACUUCCUCGCGCAGCAGCGGCUCGCCGUUGUCUCCCCGCUGUCCGGCGACCAGCCGCUGUUCAACGAGGACCGCACCGUCGUCGUGGUGUCCAAUGGAGAGAUCUACAACCACAAGAAGAUCCGGAAGCAGUUCGCCGGCAAGCACACCUUCAUCACCGGCAGUGACUGCGAGGUCAUCAUCCCUCUGUACGAGGAGUACGGCGAGAACUUCAUCGACAAGCUGGACGGCGUGUUCGCCUUCGUUCUGUACGACACCCGCAACAAGACGUACAUGGCGGCACGCGACGCCAUCGGCGUCAACCCGCUCUACAUCGGGUGGGGCAGCGACGGCUCCGUCUGGAUAUCGUCCGAGAUGAAGGCGCUGAACGAGGACUGCGUGAGGUUCGAGAUCUUCCCGCCGGGCCACCUCUACUCCAGCGCCGCCGGCGGGUUCCGGCGGUGGUACAACCCGCAGUGGUUCCUGGAGCAGGUCCCGGCGACGCCGUACCAGCCGCUUGUCCUCAGAGAGGCAUUUGAGAAGGCGGUUAUCAAGAGGCUCAUGACUGACGUGCCCUUCGGGGUUCUUCUCUCCGGCGGCCUCGACUCCUCCCUUGUCGCCUCCGUGACCAAACGCCACCUCAUCGAGACCGAAGCCGCGGAGAAGUUCGGGACCGAGCUCCACUCCUUUGUCGUCGGCCUCGAGGACUCCCCUGACCUGAAGGCUGCAAGAGAGGUGGCCGACCACCUCGGAACCAUCCAUCACGAGUUCCAUUUCACCGUCCAGGACGGUAUUGACGCGAUCGAGGAAGUCAUCUAUCACGACGAGACGUACGACGUGACGACGAUACGGGCUAGCACGCCGAUGUUCCUGAUGGCGCGCAAGAUCAAGUCGCUUGGGGUGAAGAUGGUGCUGUCAGGGGAAGGCUCGGACGAGCUUCUCGGCGGCUACCUCUACUUCCACUUCGCACCAAACAAAGACGAGUUCCACAAGGAAACGUGCCGCAAGGUGAAAGCGCUGCACCAGUACGACUGCUUGCGCGCCAACAAGUCGACCUCAGCCUGGGGGCUGGAGGUCCGCGUGCCGUUCCUCGACAAGGAGUUCAUCAACGUCGCAAUGAGCAUGGACCCUGAAUCGAAAAUGUACGACCCUAAACUGGGGCGCAUGGAGAAGUGGGUUCUGAGGAAGGCGUUCGACGACGAGGAGCAGCCUUACCUGCCAAAGCAUAUUCUGUACAGGCAGAAAGAGCAGUUCAGUGAUGGUGUUGGGUACAACUGGAUCGAUGGCCUCAAGGCUUUCACAGAGCAGCAGGUCUCCGAUGAAAUGAUGAAGAACGCUGCCCAAGUGUACCCAGACAACACGCCCAUCAACAAAGAGGCGUACUACUACAGGAUGAUAUUCGAGAGGCUCUUCCCUCAGGACUCGGCGAGGGAGACGGUGCCAUGGGGCCCGAGCAUCGCGUGCAGCACGCCGGCAGCCAUCGAGUGGGUGGCGCAGUGGAAGGGCUCCAACGACCCCUCUGGCCGGUUCAUCUCCUCCCACAACGACUCUAACUCCAACAACACCGGCGGCGACCAUGCCAACGGCAAUGGGGUGGCGGUGGCGAACGGGCACAGCACGGUGAACGGCAAAGUCAACGGCAACGAGGUUGCGGUUGCGGUGUAAGCUAAAGCAUAAGAUGGAGGCUAGUAGGUGUGACGUGCCAACCAAUUUCAAGUGCCAUCUCAUUGUGAGGUGGCACGUGCUACUUGUUAUAUGUUGUACUGUCACUAGCAUACGUGUCCAUGUAUGUGUAUGUGUCUGUGUGUGUGUGUGUGUGAGCGAGCGAGACCGCGAGCGAUUGAGGCAUGUGUGCCGAUUGAUGACUUGAACUCGACCUUUGAAUUAAGCUAUGGACCGAUCUAAAAUUA